AUGGCCAGGCCCACCGUUGUGCCCACGAGCGUCAGGGCGACGGCGCCGGAGGCCUUCAUGGUGCUCCACCUGAGGAUGAGGGUGGUGGAGGAGCAAACCAGCGCACUGGUGCGAGACCUGGAGGCGCUCGGCGUCGAUGGGCAGAGCCUCGAUGGUUUCCACUCAAAGACCUCAGAAACACCUGCUAGUCACCCAGCCAUUAGCCCUGUGCAAGCCAGGGUAGCAUUUGUGGGAGAAAAUACACUGUGGAAAAACUGUGAAACGCUGGUGAAUCGAAUGUGUCGGUUAGAGAGUGUUGUACAGACACUGAAAUUAAACAUCUUCCGGCUGCAGACAGAAAAGGAACUGAAUCCAAAGCAUGCAGCCCAGUUGGAGCAGCGCCUGAAUACAAUCCAUGAGGAGCAUUUGCAAGAAAUGAAGAUUGUACAACAAGAAGCAAUGAAGUUGCGCCAACACCUAAGUGAUGUGAAAGAGGCUGAAGAAAAGGCAAAAGAAGAAGUUCAGAGGCUGAGUACUGCUCUGGAGAUUACAACUGCAUCCAAGAUGGAUGUAGUGAUUGCAGCUGAGGAACUGAGGAACACAAAACAGAAAAUUAGCUGUACACUUCAGGAGCUAACAGAACAGCUGUCCCAGGAGAUCAGCCUGCGGGAGUCUUUGGAGGAAUCCCAAGCAACUGUGAUGUGUCAUGUACAGGACAUGGAAACAACAGUAGAAGCAGAACGGAAGCAGGUACAGAUACUACAGCAGGACUGCCAAGAGUUGCGUAAAGAUGUCCAGCUAGCCCAAGUGAGGCUGCAAGAGGAGGAGGAAAGAACUGCCCAACUGGAGCAACAGUGCACACAACUGAAAGCUGAGCUGGACUCCAGGAACUGUAUCAUUUCCCAGCUUGGUGAAGAAGCAAAAAAUGCACAGCUGUCCUUUAGCAAACAAUGCAAAGAGAACCUGCAACUUCAGUCUAAAAUGACCGCCCUGCGAGAAACAGCAGAGAAAGUACAGGUCCUUAAUGACCACUUAAGCCAGCAAUGCUCAGAGCUCAGCACCACACUCCAAAGUGUUGCCAUGGAGAAUGCUAAACUCCUUUCAGAUCAUCAGACCAUGCUUAAGGCAGAACAAGAAAAGACUCGUAAGCUGCAAGAGCAAGACUCGCUUCUGAAUGCUGCCCAUGCCAACGUUCUCAGAGAGCUGCAGAGUGUGCAGCAUGAGAGGGCUCAGCUUCAAAGAGAGCUGGAGGCCUUGCAUAUAGAGCAUGGGAAGUACAGGCAGAAAGCAAGCCUUGCUGAGGAGGCAGCAACCACACAGAGACAGGUUUUGGAAUGUACUGUUGCUAGACUGAAAGGUGAACUUGAGACAGCUUUGCAAGAGAAAGGAUCUCUGCUGGCAGAAAAGGAAGAUCUUCAACAGGAGCUAGAAAUGGUUUCAAUGAAACUCACUUUGCAAACACUAGAGGAAGAGAACAAGAGGCUAUUGGAUCAUUUGGCUGCACUGGUACAUGAGCAGUAUGCCCAGCAGCAGGUGCAGCAGGUACUGGCAGAUUUGACUGACAGUAAGAAUAAACUGACUCGUGACAAAGGAAAACUUCAGAUGGCAAACCUGCAGCACCAACUGGAUGCAGCAAAGGAUUACAACAAUAAGGUGACAGCCAUGCUGGAGCAUAUGUUAGCUUCUCAUAACAAGAUGAAAGCAGCUCUGGAUGUGGUACAAACUGAGCUGGGACACAAGGACACUGAAAUCAGCAACCUCAGAAAAGACAAGACCCAGACUCAGCAGAAAAUGCAGAGGUUAGAAACAGAAUUGGAACAUUGCCAAGCCAAACUGGUUGCCAUGGGAAGGCAACAGAGCAGCCAGGUGGAAUCACUUUGUAAGGCACUAGAAAGUGCUAGAACAGACAACAAGAAACUUGUUCUUCGUUUGGAAGAAGUUCUGCAGGUCAAUAAUACCCUGCAGAGCAAGCUGAUCCAAACCCAAUAUGAACUGAAAAGUAAAGAAACUGAGCAUCAACAGCUGAUGGUCUGCAGGGAACGAUUAAUGGAAAAAGCCAGGACUGAGGAAAAGAUGUAUGCUGAACAUUUAGAGUCUUUGAAGAAGCAGUUUCAAACUGAACAAGAGGCUUCCAGGAAAGCUGCCUGUCAAGAAUCUGCUAAGGUAAAGAAAUCCCUUGAAGAAUCCUCCUCCAAAUUGGCUGAAGUUUCCCGUGCUAACAGGGAGCUACGGCAGAAAGUAAUAGAGCUGGAAAAGUCUUCAUCCAGUUACAGGGAAAAACUAAAAAGCCAAAGAGCUCAAGUCAGACAAUGCCUGGCCUAUAAAGCUAACACAGAAAGGGUAAAAGAGACUGAAUCUGAGCUGAAGAAAAUGGAAGCAAUAAAAGAGGAGUAUCAGAAGAAGAAUUAUAAACAAUCACAGGACAUCCAGAAAUUUGUGUCAGAGUUGAAAAGUGUGCAGAGCGAGAUGCAAGUGUUGUUGAAAAACCAACAUGAAGUGCAAGUGCAGCACAGGCAGCUGGAGACCCAGCUGGAAGCAGAGAGAAGACAAAGGGAGCAGCUAGAAAAUGAAUGUCAGAAACUGGAAAAAACAGUCAAACAUCUGAAGAAAUAUAAAGAGGAGACAGAAAAGAAACUGAAGGAAGCCAGCAUAGAGUCAGAACAGAUCACAACUAGCCUAGAAGCAGCUCACCGUUGGUUCAAAUCUAAGUUUGACAGCCUGCAGCUAGAAGUUGUGAAAAACCACUAG